CGCAGUUCCCGCGUUACGGUGACGUCACGCGGGGGCGGGGCCGGCGGCGGCGGCGCAAGAUGGCGGCGACCACGGGCGCGGGAGUAAAAGUUCCUCGUAAUUUUCGUCUUUUGGAAGAACUUGAAGAAGGUCAGAAGGGAGUAGGGGAUGGAACAGUUAGCUGGGGCCUUGAAGAUGAUGAAGAUAUGACACUUACAAGAUGGACAGGAAUGAUUAUUGGGCCUCCAAGAACAAUUUAUGAAAACAGAAUAUACAGCCUUAAAAUAGAAUGCGGGCCUAAGUAUCCAGAAGCACCUCCAUUUGUAAGAUUUGUAACAAAAAUUAAUAUGAAUGGAGUAAAUAGUUCUAAUGGAGUGGUGGACCCCAGAGCCAUAUCAGUCCUAGCAAAAUGGCAGAAUUCUUAUAGUAUCAAAGUUGUUCUGCAAGAGCUUCGGCGUCUAAUGAUGUCUAAAGAAAAUAUGAAACUUCCUCAGCCACCUGAAGGACAAUGUUACAGCAAUUAAUUAAAAAAAAAAAAAAAAACAAACAACAAAAACCAACAUGCCCCCCUUAUUCAAUUUAAGCUGUCUUCAUUUUCCACAGUAGUAAAUUUUCUAGAUGCAUCUUGUAGACCUCAAAAUACUGGAAAGGAAGUUCCCAUUCAAAGGAGGUUUUUCUUGAGAUACUGUAAAUGAUACUAAUUUUUUUUUUCAUUUGAAAUAUAAGUUGUGCUAUAACAAAUAAUCCUGUCGUGUAACCACUGUCCACAUAGCUGAACUUCUGGUAUCAGGAAAAGUCUAUUUAAAUUUAUUACUGUCAAGACCAGUGUGGCACAUCCAACUUAACUGUGAAAGGAUCCAUCCCACAAUCACCUUGCUGUGUGUCUGGCCUGGGUUAUUUUUUUCUUUCUCUGUCUUUUGCAAUAGAGUCGAAGCUCAGGGCUAUUUAUUAGAGUAGACACAAAGGAUUUUGCUUCCAGUGCUACACUGGGCUGUAUGGACUACUACUGGGGAUGUGUGCUAACCUCAGUCAUCCCUCCCUUUGUGCUCGCUCUAGUAAAGGCUGAAUGUGACUGUGGUCGUUUUUGGGUUUUUAUUAUUUUUUUUAAAUGCCCUGAUAAUCUGGGGCAAGCUUUCCUUCUUUCCUUUGGCCAAGGCAUAGAUUGUAUUUCUCUUCCUGGUCCCCCUCACCAGUGACGUGGGCUUUGGGUGAGGGAUUCAGGGUUCUUUCAAUCUCUUCCCUCUUCCCCUCUUUUUAGUGGGGGUGCUGCUUUCUUUUUGCCCCUUUUGGUGACUCUUCUCGCCCCUGGCCCAGGGGUAAGUGUUGGGGCAAUAACUUGACCUGUUCCCUCUCGCUUAUCAUUUUGGUUUUGCAACAAAUUUAGUCUUCACCAGCCUGGAAAACAAGAGUAUCCGUUCUGCUCGCAAACUUGGAUUUUCCCUUCCCUCCAGCACUGCUGCCACUCCGCCAAGCUGGCCACGGCCGUGUUGUUAGAUAGGCUUUGACGUGGGGAAAAGAGCAGUAAUUUACCAGGAUUGCCCAAAUCUUCUGCUGCCAAACUUGAAUGGGGGAAACUCCGCACAUAAGAGAUUCUCAACACACUCCAGCCACACUCAAAUCGUUGUGUUUUGGUGCUUUGGAUUGACCCGAGAAUGUUAAUUAACAAAUUGUUGCACUUGCGGUUUUGGCCCUUCUAAAGAUGUGACAACUACAGACAAAUCAAAUCCGUGUGGUAGAUUUUAGUAGUAUUCUGUAAGUCUUAGAAAUCUCUUCAGUGAAGAUUUUGGGGAAGUGUUGUACAGCAGAUUAAGGACCUUUACUGGCUUUGCAUCCUGGCAAAUCACUGCCUUUUCUGGUUUACUGUUUUGGACCACUAACUGCUGCAAUGUGGAUGCAAGCUUACAGAAACCAACCUAGUGUGUCCUAAGUUUUAUGAAAAAUUCAGUGUUUGUGUAAAAAAAAGAAUAAAAAAAAAGGAAAAAAAGAAAAGAGUAAAAAUAAACACAUUUUAAAGCAGCAGCUGUCAAGUCAAUGAACAAUUGAUGUUUCCAUUAACUUUUGAGGAAAAUAUUAGUUGUAAGGAUUUAACAUCCUCUGUACUGAAAGUUUAACAUAACAGUAUUCCAUAAGCAGCCUUUUUAUUGUAUCAGACCAUUGCCUGAUUUUAAUAUAAUAAAAAGUGUGCAUUAAUAUUAGAAGGCUUUAAUUGUAUUUAUGUUUAGAGAUUUUGAUCCCUUAUGGAAUUCUUGAUUUGUUGGAAGUAUCUUCCUGCAGAUCACGUUUAGCUGACAGAAUGUAACCUGGUGGCAAAAGGCAAUUGUCUCUAUCCAGCUGCUGCUGCUGUGCCAAGGAGCAUCUGUACUUUUGGUUUAAACCUCAGGCUGCCCCAGCCUUGGCAGUUGGUAGGGUCAGGAUGUGCCAAGGAGCUGCCAGAGGGAGUUCCUGGCUCCGUGUGCUGUCAGUGCCGUGGCCUUGCUGUGCUGUUGUCUCCAGGAAAUCAAAUCCUCUACAGUUGCAUGUUAUGCUGUCUGUCAAGGUCAAGGGCUAUUUCACAACCCGAAGUUUUAAGUGGUUUCACUCAAAUAGCGAAGUGCAACAAGCUGAGCUUCUCUCCAAAUCUGGGUGAAAACGGAGCUGUGAAAUUUUGGCCUUUUCCAAGUGUGAAGUGUCUCCAUUUCAGAGGAUUUGCUGGAAGGUCCUGGUGCACUCACUGCAGUGUUGGGGUGAAACAAGGUUCUGCCUGGGUUGGGAAUGAAAAAGGGAAUGAUCUUUGUGAAACUUUGUGAAACUUGCUGCUGGUUUCUGGCCUGGAGUGAAAACUUCCCCCUCUGGGGCAGCCCAGAGGGUGUCUGUGAAGACAAUGUGACUAAUACUAUGUCAGUGUCAUGUGUGUGUGUUUAUUUAAAAUAGCUUCAUGUCAAAGAUGGUAAAUGGGCAUCAGAACAAUUACAGUGGAUAAUGACAGUGGCCUGCUUGCUUGUCUCUGGUUUUCAGAGUGUCCUUGCCCUGUUUGGGAGGUUGGUGCAUGCUUGGGGCCUCCCUGAACCUUCCUACUUCAAGUAAUGAUUUUUAAACCUUGCAAGUGUCUGGUUUGCUUUGCAAGGUGUACAAGUUAGAGCAUUCCAUCCUGGCUGGGAACUGUGCUGGCAAGAGUCACUUGACAGCAUCUGCCAUACAAAGUUGGGUGCUGCUUUUAAAAAAAACAAAACUGGUUCAUUGUGAAUGUUCUGCCCUGGGAGUUGUAUGCUUUGGACACAUCACUGCUCCCUUGCUGUUCCACUCAACUAGUUAGGGCUGGUGUGGAAAAAUAACGCCCAGGGAAUGGAUUUGUGUGUGGUGGCUUUGUCAGGGGAUGUGACCUGCACCAUGGAAGUGACUGGUCAUCCCACAGCCCGGUGCUUGUUGGUGCUUUGGAAAUGAGGUGGGGAGACAAAACCGUGCUCUACCUGUGUUUGUGUGAACUCCAGCAGUGCAAAGGCAAAGUGUUUGGUUGAUCCCCGCUGACCUUCACUUUGUGUCCUGAACCAGUGUCUCUUUGGAGAAGGGUAUGAAGGGAUAAUAAAUAAAAUAAGCUGAUUGGCCAUAAAAUAAGUGCUGUUCCUUGGAGCAGGUGCUGCUGGAGGUGCUGGGGCUGGGCUGAGCAGGAGCUCACCUUGCACUGCCGCCAGCAGAGGGGCCGUGAGCCAUCCCUGUACUGAGGGUGCUGGAUUCUCACCUGCCCGUGCUUCCCGGGGAUGUGGAGUGAGCCUCUGCCUCAGCUCAUCCUCGGAGACGGCAGAGGGAGCCAGAAAGCUUCCCAAGGCUGGGGCUGGCUCAGGCUGCUUGGUUUAAACGUUACGUCCUCUUGUGGGAACCACUUUUCAUAUUUAUCCGGAAUCAAUUUCAGUUUUAAAAGCCUGUUUAUCGUGACUGUCUCACUGUACAGGCAUUAACUUGCUGGGGGAAUACCAGCAGCUCAGUGAGAUCUUAAUUGUUAAUAAAGACUAAUGGUUGUUUGAUUCUUGCUGUGUUGUAAUUAAGCCCCGUGUGUGUAUGUAGGGAGCGUGCGCUUGUAUGUGCUUUCUGCUCUCUUACAACUCCGUGCAGUGCUUUAUAUUUAGAAUUUAAGUUUCUUCCACUAUCAUUAGAGCCAUAAUUUUUAAGCCAGAAAGUGUCAUCAGCCGCCGUCCAGGACUCCCCUGCUGUGUGCGGCUCAUCCCAGUGUCAGACACGGACACGGAGCAGGCAGAGUGGCGGGUGGGCACGGCCGUGCCCGUCAGCCUUGGGCACACACUGACCCAGUGUGUCAUCUCAGAGCCCCAGUCCUGGAGCUCUGGUGGCACUGCCGGGCAGGCAAGGGCAGAGGGACAGUGUUAAGCUGGGUCAGUUCCAGUGUGAGGGACUCAAACCCCGCAGGGAUGCACAGUGGGAUGUGCUCCUGCUCCUUUGCCAAAUACUUGUCGUGUCUUGCUGGCCUGUCAGCUGUUUGUGGCUGACCUUGCUGUUUGUGGGAACUGGCCCUUUGGCACCUGAGGUCGCUGCUUUACCCACAGGACAGUGUUUCUUACACCAAGAAACAGCACAGUGGGUUCAAUGUGGUUUUUUUCAAGCUGGCACCGACUUACCUGCAACAAAGGGGUUCCAGUUCUGCACAUACCUGUAAAUAAGUGUCUGUGUCAAGCUCUACCUCCCUUGAGCUGAAAGAAGCUGAAGAGAAUUUGAUAUUCUUAAUGUCUAAGUUUUUUUACUUAUUGUUUUAUAUUUAAUAAGCUUUUUCUGAAGGCUUAAGAGUGGAAUUGCCCUGUAAGUCAGUGGAAUUGCCCUGAAGUUGCAUUAAUCUUUGGGUGGUGUGCUCCCCCAACGCACACUAACCUGGCUGCUCGCUUAGAUUCUGGUCCCUCAAUAGCUCCUCGUUUUCUCUGGUCAUACUAUAGCACAUUGCUGGAGAAUUUGCUGAACUUUUAAGCCUGUGAAGAGCCCCAGUAAAGGCAAAUUUAAGUUAGGCAAAUGUUUAAGUGCUUUGUUGGACCAGAGCCAGCAUGCUCAGCCUCUGUUUGGAAAGAGGCAUUUUUAGCCCUUGUUGAGCAUCUUCUUCCUCGUCCUCUAUUCUUGGUGCUACAUUCCUAGUGCUUGUGCCUUUGCUUUUUGUGACAACAAAUGUGAGAGACAUCAGGGAAAAUGUAAAGAGCAGAAGAUGAUGUGGAAGAUAAGGAGAUAAACUGGAUCCUCAGCAUUUUAUCUGUUAAGUAUCUUGUCACCUUUUUUCAUCCUUAUCUCUUUUUAAAUAAAGCCUACAAGGGGUUUUCAGAAA